AUGAGUAGCAAUAAGAGACCGAUCGAAGCCGAGGAAUCGUCUAAGAAAAAACUUCGUAAUAAUCCAGAGGAAGAACAGCAGGAUCAAUUGGAACCAUUGAAACCGGUUAAGAAGAAACCCUUUAAACAGCAAGGCGCACAGCGGGAUAGCUUCAAGAACUAUUAUAAACGUCAGGAGAUUUGUCCGGACAGUGAAUGGGAGCAGUUCAUGGUAAAGCAGCUGGCCAAAAAGCCUAUCGCAUUCCGCUUGACCUGGUCGAACCGCCAUGCACAAGCUUUGUUGAAGAUAAUGAAAAAGGAUUAUUUCGACAAAUGCUCUACAAUGGCGACUGAAAACGGGUGUGAUGGAGAACCACCGGAAGCUCUCCCGUGGUACCCUAACGAAUUGGCUUGGCAAUUUCAGCUUCCAUCCACGAAAAAUCCUUUGCCGGAUUGUCCAUUUCAUAAAUUGCACAAAUUGUUGCUCAUCGAGGCUGCAUCAGCAAAUGUUUGCGUGCAGGAUGCUCUUUCGAUGAUUCCGCCUCUGCUGUUGGGCGUGAAGUCCCAUCACAAGGUGCUAGAUAUGCGCUCAGGUUCAGGGGUCAAAAUGGCCCAGUUGACCGAAGAUCUCCAUAACGGUGGUAGGGCAACAAUUCCCAGUGGAUGCGUUAUAGCCAACGAUAUCGAUCAAGGUGGCUUCCACUUAGUCCAUCAGGCGAAACGUUUAGGCUCACCCUGUCUCCUAGUGACCAUGGCAGAUAUGACAGCAUUCCCACGGCUGAAGCUAGAGAACGAAGCUGGCGAAUUGGAGAAUAUACGGUUUGAUCGUAUACUGUGCGAGGUUCCUUGUUCGGGAGAUGGAAACAUGCGCAAUCCUGAGAAGCUUCAUGAAGUGUGGAAUCUGGGGAAGGCACACAAUAUGCAUAGUGUGCAGUAUCGUAUGGUAAGGAGAUGUGCUGAACUGCUAGCGGUUAAAGGAAAGCUAGUUUACUCGACGAAUUCCUUGAACCCGAUCGAAAACGAGGCAGUUUUGCACAGCCUUCUGGUUGCAGCUGGAGAUUCUCUAGAAAUUAUCGAAGCGCGUGGUUUGCUGCCAGACCUGAAGUGUAGACCGGGAUUGACCUACUGGGAACCAGCAAACACAAAUGCAGACAAACAGAUGCAGUUCUACAAGUCUUUCGAGGACGUACCAGUUAAAUAUAGAUCUACAAUUCGUAAAUGUCUGUUUCCACCAGCAGAGGAGGAGGCGGAUCGAUACAAUCUUACCCGGUGCAUUCGAGUGUUGCCACAUCAUCAAAACACUGGAGCCGGUUUCUUUGCGGUGAUCGAAAAGAAGAAAGAGGUACCAUGGGAAGUGGUUGAUUACCCGAAGGCACCAGUGAAGCCUGAGCCAACGUACGCUCAUCUGGAUGCUGUAAACCGGCAAAAAGCACUGCAAAAGGCACAGAAAAAAAAACAGUUUGCAGAACAGAGAAGGAAUGAUAUGUGGCUAGUAUUUUUACACGAUGCACACGAAAUUUACCAAAAGAUAAUAGAUAUCUACGAAUUGUCAGAUGAUUUUCUUUCGAGCAAUCUCGUGAUGCACCGUAAGAUAGUAAACAAGACGAGAGUUUACUUUUGCUCGGACCUUCUGAGCAAUGUUAUCCGUACCAACCAGGAAAAGAUUGAGUUCUUCCAGGGAGGAGUGAAAGUGUUUACUCGACAGGUUACCAAAAAAGGUGAGGUUACCACACAUCCAAUGUCAAAUCGUGGACUUCCGAGUAUUUUUGAAUACCUUACCCGUCGUAUGUUACCGGUGAAAAGACCAGAUCUAGUGGAGCUGUUGAAAAACAUGAAGGCAACGGAACCUCCGAAGGAUCUUGUGAGCGAAGAGCUUCGUCGUGAAUCGGAAGAUGUGGGAUACGGCAGCAUUGUACUGCAAUAUGAAAAUAAUGGCCUGAAGCUGGACUUAAUGGGUUGGUACGGUCAUCAGCACCUCCUAGCGUAUCUUACGCUAUCCAGAAAGAUUCACAUGCUGAGAAUAAUGGGAGAGGACGUUUCGGAUCUUGAGCAAAAAAUGAAACCCAAAAGAAGGUCAAAGAAGAAGAAAGCUAAGAAGUCUGAGGAAACUAAGCAAGUUCAGAAGUCUGGGGAAACUAGCGAUGCUGCGGAAACUAGCGAUGCCACGGAAACUAGCGAUGCUACGGAAGCUAGUAACUGA